AGAGUUGGAAUCCGCUGUCAAGAUUCUCAUUCUCAUUCAUAGCGUUGCCUCCAAAGGAGUGCACUCAUAAUUCAAACACCCUAUCAUUGUAACAGUUUCUCCUUGGAGUGUCACUGGGACCCCAUUUCAAAUCACUUUUUUUUCUUCGUUGUUUGUUUUUGGGGUUCAAUUUUCCUCAUUGUUCUUAGUUCAAGUACUUCCAAUUAUGCUAAUCAGCAUAGAUAGAUUCAUCACCCCACAACAGUUAUUUUUGUGAUUUGAGACAAUUUUCCGAGGAAUUUGGCUCAUUUGGUGUUUCAAAGGAUCAAUCAUUUCUCUGUCAUAUGGCCCACUUUGCUUUUAGUUGUUAGCAACCGGGUAGAUUUUUAUACUUCGUUUGAGCUUUUCAUUGAUUUGCUACCACAAAGACUUCAUUUUUUUAAUUUAGUUUCUGACUUUCUGUUGCUUCUGAUCUAUGGGUUCCAAGGAUUUCUUUGGUAUUUGCUCCUUGAGUAGUUCACUUUCUGAGAGCAUUUUGUGCACUGGGUUGAAAAUGUACAUGGUGGAGAGCAAGGGGGGUGCCAUAGCAUGCAUGCUCUUGGCUCUUUUGUUCUUGGGGACAUGGCCUGCUGUUUUGACUCUGUUAGAAAGGCGUGGUCGUCUUCCUCAGCAUACAUACCUUGAUUACUCAAUCACGAAUUUCUUGUCUGCUUUAAUCAUUGCUUUUACAUUUGGUGAGAUAGGCAAGAGCUCACAUAAUGAGCCAAACUUUUUAGCCCAACUUGCUCAGGAUAAUUGGCCUUCUGUUCUUUUUGCAAUGGCGGGUGGUGUGGUCCUUAGCCUUGGGAAUCUGUCCACACAAUAUGCAUGGGCUUUUGUUGGGCUGUCUGUUACUGAAGUGAUCACAGCAAGUAUAACUGUUGUUAUAGGCACAACCUUGAAUUACUUUUUGGAUGACAAAAUCAAUAAAGCUGAGAUCCUUUUCCCAGGAGUUGGUUGCUUUUUGAUUGCAGUUGUUCUAGGUUCUGCUGUUCAUUCAUCUAAUAGUGCUGAUAAUAAAGCCAAGCUCAACAGUUACUCAAGUGAUUAUAAAGAUGGAACUGGGAACUCUUUGAAAGAAGGAAAUACAGUUAAAUCAAAGGAUCUUGAGAGUGGAAGUAGUGCUGCAGACGAAUUUCAAGCUGGAACUGUAGAUUUUCUCAUUGAGCUAGAGAAAAGAAGAGCUAUUAAGGUUUUUGGGAAGAGCACUUUGAUUGGAUUGGCUAUAACUUUCUUUGCAGGAGUUUGCUUCUCUUUGUUCUCACCAGCAUUCAAUUUAUCAACAAAUGAUCAGUGGCAUACAUUAAGAAAAGGGGUUCCGCAUUUGACAGUUUAUACGGCCUUCUUCUAUUUUUCAGUCUCUUGUUUUGUUCUUGCCAUAGUUCUAAACAUCACCUUCCUUUACUACCCUGUCUUAAACUUACCCAAGUCAUCAUUGAAGGCUUAUUUAGGGGACUGGAAUGGCAGAGGCUGGGCCUUGGUGGCUGGUUUCCUUUGUGGGUUUGGGAAUGGCCUCCAAUUUAUGGGAGGCCAAGCUGCAGGAUAUGCAGCAGCAGAUGCAGUUCAGGCACUUCCGCUUGUGAGCACUUUUUGGGGCAUUGUUCUGUUUGGGGAGUACCGGAAAUCAUCAAGAAGAACAUACAUACUGCUAGGGAGUAUGUUGUUUAUGUUCAUUGUGGCUGUUGCUGUGCUAAUAGCAUCAUCAGGGCAAAGGGGAUCUCUCAGCUGAAGACAAGCUAUUCAUAAAUAUUUCAAGUCAUUGAAAUGACUGAUUAAGCUGUUUAUUGAACUAUGAAGCAUAAGCCAAAGAUUGAUUGGACUACACACACUUCAAUAAAACAUCACCCUAGUUCAAGGGGAGAAGUAUUGCCAUUGUUCAUUGGUGUCAAUCAGAGACCAAGCAAACAAUUAAAAAAAGGGUGUAAAAAAAUAAAUAAAGCAGGAUCAGAAUUGAAGAUUUAUUGUAGAAUGUUUAUUUAUUUUUAUUGUUAUUAUUUUGUGUAUAGUUUCACUUUCAGACUGAAAAUUUGUGUGACGAAAUAUUUAUCCAAUGUUUGUUCAAGCUCUAUUUUGUUAU